UCUUUCUUAUCUUUCAUUGCAUACAGUUUAGCGGAAAAAUGACGAACCUUUCGUCUCUGAGUUCAGUGGGUGGUGGGUGGAGUUAUUUUGUCUCGUUUAGUGAUGACGUGAUAAAAUCGCCGUGACAUACUGGGAGCGACAAUUUUCAUUAGUGACAAAAGGCCAGUUCUCACUACUAGAGUAAUCGCAAAAUGGUAGCAUUCGCAUACGUUAUUGUUUCACUAUUCAUGUUUACCACACUCGAGCUGACCGGUGCUGAAACAUAUGAGUGUACCAUUGAAAAUUAUGGUCCGGAAAAGCAUCAGCAUUGCGUUUUUCGCAAUGUCCGAUAUAACCAUACCAGCGGCAGUGUUAUGUUCAAAGCCCCUACCAACAACAAACAACCCAGGAUUGUUUUCGAGGACUCAGAGAUGGAACAUUUACCGAAAGCGUUUCUAGAAACAUUCGGCAAUGAUUUAAAGGUGCUGAUUGUGUCCAAGUGUAAGCUUAAAUCUGUAGUCAUUACAAAUGCCCUGGAAGAACUGUACGCCGUUGAUAAUUACAUCAGCAAGGUGAUUGUUCAUCAAACUCAAAAGAACUCUCCUUUGAAGGAGAUUCAUUUGCAGUCAAAUCGUCUGAAGGAUAUUUCGAACAUCACCAGAGCUUGCAAAAAUGCACGAAUCAUCGAUUUGAGCCGUAAUCAGGAGUUAGCACAAGAGAGUGUGAUAGAUCUUUCGAUGUUCAAUGGGUUCAACCAGCUAGAAUAUCUAUUGCUGGGUGAUGUUGGUGCUUUCUACUUAAAUUACGAUAGAAAAGUGACCUUACCGGCUCUGACUCUGUUGGAUUUAUCGAUGAAUACUCUGCUACCUAGUGAUCUAAGGCUAGAUUAUUUGCAUACCCUCGAAAAGCUAGAAGUACUGAGAUUGAAUGAUAAUGGUAUGACGGAAUUAGAUUACGCGCAUUUCAUUGACAUGAAGUCGUUGAAGGAGGUUUAUUUGGAAGGUAACUCAUUUGACUGCCAAUAUCUUAAAACAAUGGUCAAGUUCCUGGAAGAUAACAGCAUCGCCACUCCAGUUGCACGUCCUGCAAAUAACUGUGAAGCGGGAUUUAUGAUCGAACAUGACAUGUGUUGUAAAUCUUCAGCGUUGUCGUCCAUUCCUAAGCCAAAUACCGCCCGUCCGCUAGUUCCAACUGCUACCUCAUAUCCAUCCGCUGCCAACACUCCUGUGUUCAAUGAAGUUGAUACCAACAGAGUAGACGGUGGCGCAGGUACCGUUACCGUUACCGUUAAAAGUGAAACAAAAUCCGAAAAUGGAGUUACCAAUCAACGCGUGAAUCUGUUAUUUAUAUUGACAGGAAUAGUUGCGGCUCUGAUGUUGCGUGAUUAAAGUCACUUUUGAAGUCUGAAGAGUAUCACCAUUCUGACUCUGGUGAAUUAACAGUAGAGAUCAGGCACUUUCGCUAUAAUUCUUUUGAAUGUUCCAGGAGGAAUCAAUAAACUGUAAACCGUACGCACCUAGCAUGUAAGAGCAAAACGACACUGAUGCCUAGGAGGAUUAGUUCAAUACCAAAAAAAUACUGUUAAUGUGAUACAUCACCCCUAAAACAAACCAAUACCUUGAGGUUGCAGAAAAGAAAAACGAAAAUUUGCUUGCCUCACACCCGCCAAGAUAGCAAACCAUCACUCAAAGUGCUCCAACUAAAUUACAUGCUUCGCCCAGCAGGUACUUUUACUAGGAUAGUAGGAAGUGCUCUUAAGUAUUAAGGACUGGAAGAAUCUUUGCGUAAAACGCUGUUUUGGAUGAACUUAGCCUUACCGAUCGAGCUGAGCUUUUUGUUUUAUCUGGGAAACACAUGAAUCCGUAUCGAGGCGGCCGUCGUAAGGCGUGUUUGUAUUUUGUUUAUUCCGAUAAGAAAUGGAAGGUAUAAUUAGAUAAAGAGCAGAGACACGACCAGAAAUAAAAAAAGUCACUCAACGUGAUGGGAAACGUCAACCAACGAAUCUGGUGUGAUACGAGUGAAAAAAGUAAUACUAAUAAACUAUAACAGUAAUCAAUUAAUUACAUUAGGAAGUCGCGAGGAAUUUUUGGUGCUGCAUGUGACUUUUUAAAUAGAUUUUUGUUUUGGCUGAAGAAAAUCCGAGUUCUUUAGGAGUUCAGAAGUCGAUACAAUGAAAAAUUGGCCAUUGGUUUAUUUAUCUUAACGACAGUUAACGCUUCAUUGGCAGCCAUCAAUUAGAAACAUAACAAGUUUGCUUUAUAUCGCUUUUAUUAAUUCCGAGCAUACAAUGCCAUGUGUAGUUUUGUUACUGUCUAAGUUGAUGAUAGAUCAGUAAUAAUUCAGUUUUUUUCAUAUCAGAACAGUAGAUGCUGUCAUUGAAACCAUAAUUUCUAGUUGAAAUAUCAUAAGAUAAGUAUAAAGCAAUUCAAUUUCAAAAGUUAUGCUCAUAUGAAAUCAUUUUAUAGCGUAUUGGCCUGAUAUGUGUGUUAACAGUUUUGUGUGUUUAUAAACCUUUUUUUUUUCAAGAAUGCAUUUAGCAAAUACUAUAACCGCUAAGCUAUAUUCUGUUUAACCCUCGCUCCAAUUAGCCAUGUCCAACAAUUGGAUGUUGGGGUAUAAUUUGUCAGAGUAAUUUAGCACACCUUGAGCAUUUGUCUGGUUCUAAAAGAGAGUCAAUACUGGAAAUAGGAGUGCAAUUUCUAAGGCUAACGAUACGCAUCUCUUAACUUCCAUGAUAUCAAACUCUAGGUAGUACUAGCUCUUAGCAAUUCCUUCUAGUCAACUUAGCCAUACCAUCAUCAUACCCCUAGAUGGAGUCAGUCGUUUAAUUGUAAAAGAUCACAGAAAGACACAGAUAUAGGAGUAAUGCAAUAGACCAUUUCAUAUGUAACGCAGUUCGUCCUCAAGAAAUAAUACAAAUGACAACAUUUUAACAAUUGAUUUACGCUACGUAUGGUAGAGUUAUUUAAAACUCGAAUUCCACAAUUUUAGAGUAGCAAUAGAGAGUAAACUUUGAUUAAUGUUAGAAGCCUCGAAUUGUUGUUUGACUUGAAGAGAAUAGAACCAUAAAAAUCGCAGGAUAAUGUGUUAAGAGAAUGAGCUUUGUUUGUGAACCAUUUUCAUCGGCAAAUACGAUCGAACAUUCUGCGUAACGGACACCAAUACAUGCUUAAACAUAAUCACGAAUUCAGCUACCACUAUUUGUCUGCAAAUUCAAAUCGCCAAAUUUGAUUAGUUUAAGCAUUGAAUAAAAAGUAAAAUUUUGCUAACAAUA